AUGAGGCAGGCUACGCGCGUGAGAAGCGAGCCAGAGGGUCACUCAACUUUGGAGUGUGCCCGCGUGCUGUCGCUCCGCUCGCGCCUCUCCUGCUCUCCUCUUUCGCCCACUCACCCUCGUCGCUCCUUCUCCUUCUCUCGCCUGCUAACUGGUUCUCGCUUGCUGGACUCACUGUCUCCAACCCACACUCGUUUGCACCCCCCCCCGCCCGCCAUGAAGUCGCUCUCGCUCGCCGCCGCAGCAGUCCUCGCUUCGACCGCCGCUCACGCCUCCUCCCUCCACGACGGACACCGCGUAGAACGCUCACUCGCCAUCCACCGCCGUGGUGCUGCAAAGCUCAACCGCAGGGUCAAGCGCGCCGACUCGUCUUCGUCGACUGAGACGACCGCCAUCUGGUGGGCCGAGGAUGGAUGGCAGGGCGCUUGCGGCGUCGCGACCGACAACGCCGCGAUGCAGGUGGGUCUUCCCCUCUCUGUCUACUCGGACCCGUCUGCCAAGUCGGCGCUCUGCGGAACCACCGCCUACGCUACCAACCCCGCCAACGGUCAGAGCGUCACCGUGACCGUCGUCGACGGCUCGGACCGCACCGACUUCACCACCUUCUCCAAGGCCGCCUACUCGGCUCUCGGCGGAAACCUCGACACGGGAAUGUUGCCCAUCGUCCUCUCGCUCUCCAAGGACGCCGCUGCCGCCGCUAAGAAGGUUGCCGUCGUCAACGUCGCGAGCUCGGCUACGAGCGUCGUCGCCGCUGCCUCGGCCCAGCCGGAGAAGACCUCUGCCCCGGCUGUCCCCGCCUCGACCGUUGUCGCCCAGCAGCAGAAGUCGUCCGACAAGGUCACCCAGGCUCCCACCUCGACUGUCGACGCCGUCGCCUCGUCCGCCGCCGCCAAGAAGGCUUACGAGUCCCAGCAGGCUCAGGUUCUCGCUGCUUCCCAGGCUUCCGCCGACGCCGCUGCCGCCGCCGCCUCGUCCAAGGCUGCUGCUGACGCCGCUGCGUCUUCUUCUGCUGCUGCCGCCGCUGCUGCUUCGUCCAAGGCCGCUGCCGAUGCCGCUGCUUCUUCCUCCGCCGCCGCCGCUGCUGCCGCUUCGUCCAAGGCCGCCGCCGACGCAGCCGCCUCUUCUUCUUCCGCCGCCGCUGCCGCCGCUGCCAAGGCCACUCAGGACGCGAACCCCAACAAGGGCGGAAACGGCGGUGGAAACGGCGGAAAGGUCUUUUCGGGUGGAAUCGCCACGUUCUUCUACCAGAACGGAGUGGCAGGCAACUGCGGCGCCGUCAACCCCGACUCGGCACUCAUCGUCGCACUCCCGACGGCCACUUACGCCAACGGCGCACACUGCGGUCAGACUGUUACCAUCACCCGUGUCGACACGGGUAACUCGAUCCAGGCCAAGGUGGCGGAUUCGUGCCCGACUUGUGAUAAUUCGUCCUGCCUCGACUUGAGCACGGCUGCUUUCAAGGCUCUUGGCGGAACUGACGCUAUGGGUGUCUUCGACAUCACCUGGCACUUCAACUAA